AUGAAGUUGGAAACGUGUGUCUACUCAGGAUAUAAAAUUUAUCCAGGUCAUGGCAAAAGAUUGGUCCGCGCUGACGGAAAAGUGCAAAUAUUUUUGAAUAAGAAAUGUCAAAGGUCAUACAAAUUGAAGCGGAAUCCGCGGGACAUACCAUGGACAGUGCUGUAUCGUAGGAAACAUAAAAAAGGUGUACAUGGAGAAGAAAACACGCAGAAGAAAAGAAUACGACGUGUGGUGCAAAUCGCAUCUCGAGCUAUCGGCACUGUUUCACUGGAAGCUAUACUUGCGAAGCGAAAUCAGAAACCGGAAUUCCGUCGUGCUCAACGUGAGCAAGCAAUAAAAGCUGCUAAGGAAGCUGCUCGAGCAGCAAAAAAUGAAAAAAAAGCUUCCAAGGCUUUGAAGGAAAAAAAGGCUGCACCGCAGAAAAUGAAAGCACCAAAACCGACUAAGGCACAGCAACCAAGAGUUGGAGGAAAGAGAUAA